AUGCUUUAUACGUCAUCACCAAAGACCUUCCUUGUCCCUCGUGUCAUAACAUGGUCGUUUUCUGAGCAGGCUGGCAGUGACACCGACGCAGUAUUAGACUUUAAAGCGUGUAUUGAGGACUUGUUCGCCGCAGCUAUGCCUCGCUACGAGCUGGCCCUCAUCCUGAAGUCGAUGCAGCGGCCGGAGACAGCGGCUGCUCUCCGGCGGACGAUAGAGACUUUGAUGGAGCGGGGCGCGGUGGUGAGGGACCUGGAGAACCUGGGAGAGAGACUACUGCCCUACACGAUGACAAAACACAACCAGAAUCACAAACAAGGGUCUUACUUUCUGAUCGAUUUCUACUCGGCCCCGAUCAUCCUUACAGGCUUACUGAAUCACCUGCACCGAGACGUGGACGUGGUGAGGCCCACUGUGCUGAGGAAGGACGCCCCGGUGUCCAGCACUAACUGCUGUGGCCCCCGGGAGUGACUGAAUGUUUCAACCGCUGAUAACCAGAAGAUGUACAGUGUGGGGCUUCCUCUUUCACCUUUUCUAUAGUUGUUGGCCUACAUUUGGAUGUUAUGUCAGAAAUAAACUACUUUUUUUCUACCUGA